UAACACCCGUCCCCAUAGAGACAGGCUCCUACAAACAGGGCUGCCCGUGCACCGGUAGACCCGUUACUCCUCUGUCCGGAGCGAUGACAGCUCCAAAAUGAAGCAGCCAGUGUUUACGCUUUCAAUUUUCCUCGAAGACGGACGCCCGAAUGGUUCCCACGCAGAUUUUUUUAUUAUUGGAUUAACGACCAUCCACCGCCAGCUACAGGCCGGAGAUUUGUAUCGCUGAACAGGGAGGAGUCUCCCGUUAUUCCACCGUUAACUGGAGGAACCAGGCCCAGCAUGACAACGUUUUAACAUUACACCUGCCCGAAAAGCUGAGGCUGUGAACAGGACGCAAAUGUGCUCUUAGAAGAUGGAUGUGAGUGCUGGCAGGGACAGCACCUGGAGGAGAACAGCAGCAGCAGCUGAUGAUGAUGAUGAUGAGGAUGAUGGAGGCGGAGGAGGAAGAGGAGAAGUAGGAGAGAGCAUGGAGGCUCAGGUUGUACAGCUGAAGCUCUAUGACUGCGCCAGGGCCAAAAUAGAAGCAAAUCUCCGCUGGUUGUUUGCCAAAGCCUAUGGUCACAAUCGCAUCCCUCCAGAUCUUCGAGACCCAUUCUAUACCGACCAGUAUGAGCAGGAGCACAUCAAGCCCCCCCUCAUCUACCUGCUGCUGUCUGGAGAGCUCUACAGCCGUGUGUGCGGGCUCAUCCUUCCUGCUGAACAGGCCGCCUACCUCCAAAGCCACCAGUCUGUCAUCCAGGCCCUGUCCAGAAAAGGGAUCUAUGUCCUGGAGACCAACGGCACACCAGUGUCUGACAUGGACCUCAGCUCGUCUCCCAUUAAAAUGAGUGCCCACAUCCACCUCAUUGAUGCUCUGAUGAUGGCCUACACAGUGGAAAUGAUCAGCGUAGAGAAGGUGGUGUCGUGUGUCAAACGCUUUUCAAACAUCAGUGCCUCCAAAGAGCUUCCUUACAACCUGGAAGAGGCUAUGAUCCUUUGGAUCAACAAGAUUACCAUAAAAAUGAGGGAGCUGACAGAAAAAGAGUGUAAAGUGAAGCAGCACUUUCUGGAGUCACCCAGCCACCACAAGUCUCCCUCCAAAUGGUACUGGAAGCUUGUACCUGUGCGGUACCGCAGAGAUCAUCUUUCAGGUCGCACUCUUCAGCACUUCCCCUUGGUGGAAGACAUAUCGAAGGAUGUGAGCGACGGCACAGCCCUGCUUGCUGUGAUCCACUUCUAUUGCCCAGAAGUCGUUAAACUCGAAGAUAUCUGCUUGAAGGAGGUUCCCUCCAUAGCAGACAGCAUGUACAACAUCCAGCUGCUGAAGGAGUUUUCUAAUGAGUAUUUGAACGAGUGCUUCUUCCUGAACCCGGAGGAUCUGCUCUACUCACCACCUGUGUUGAAGAACAAUGUUAUGGUCUUCAUUGCUGAGCUUUUCUGGUGGUUUGAGAAUGUGAAGCCUGACUUUGUACAUCCCAGAGACCUUCAGGAUGUCAAAGAUGUAAGAGCCCUGCUGCAGCCCAAGAAUUCUCGGUCCUAUGCACCCGCCUCAAAUGUCACUAAACAAUGCUUCAUGCCUUCAUCAUACUCAGUGGACAUCUUGACCACAACCUCCACAAAUGACCAAAGCGCCACAUCAACCUCUAGUCCAUCUCAUUCAUUACUGCCACUGAGACAGAGACAACAAAACUUGGGUGAGAAGAGCACUUCAGACUUGAGGAAAAGGUCAAACUCGACGGCGCGAACAGAUGGACAAUGCCAGGAUUCAGUAGUGGCGUGGCCAGAAAGAAGGACCAGACCUGUGUCCCAACCAGUGCCGUAUGCUGUGCAUUUUGCCAAGGAGGACAAUGCAGACAGCCUUAGCCUCGCUCGCACCAUAAGCAAGGACAGCCUGACCUCUAACAUCGUGAGCAUAACCCCCAAACACAUGCUGGGGUCCAGUCUGCCUCAGCACCGACUCAGUGGCCAAAGUCUGCUCUGUCACAUGCGCGUAGAAGACGAAGAGGAGGAAAUCGAGGAGGAGGAACUGGUUUCUGUUAUUCACCCAUCUGCUUUUCCUCGACACCGAAUUGGCAGCGACAUGGAGCAGGAUGAGCUGGAAGCGCAGAAACUACCAUCGUCCGCCAGGGAUUCCGAUGUUUUCCGUCACGAUGUGAGCCCCUUUGCUCUCGACCGUCAGACAGACGGCUACUAUCUGGAGCCUUUGAUGCCAACUACCCCUAAGCCAGCCAAGGAGAAGGGAAUAUUGCUGAACAAGCAGGAGGAAAGUGGGGAGAGUCGCAGCAGGGCGGUGGCUGCCAAAACAAGAACUGAAAAUAUCCCUUCCUCCUCAAAAAAGAAACACUGUGUGGUUGAUUCAGUUCUCAGUUCUUCCAGACCCCAUACUGACGGGCCAGUUGGUAGCUCAGAGCCUCCAGGCUUUUUUCUUCACCUGGCUGUCGAACCAGAGAAGACUCCACACACCACAGCGACAGAGGCAGGGCAUGACUCUGAUUCAGAUAUUGCAGACCUUGAGGAAGAUGAUGAGGACGAUCAGACAGAGCUGGAGAAGACGCUGAGGGGGAAUCGUUUAGUCGAGGGCUACAUAGCUGAAUUUGGAGACGGAGAAGUUGAGUCAGCAAAGCUUCGAGAAGACUUGAAGGUAAGCGAGCAUGAGGAUAAGGAAGAUGCAAGCGGACGUUCAAGUCCUUGUCCCAGCACUGUGUCGUGGGCAAGCAGCUGCAGUGCUUCGGGGAGUGCGGGGAUCAAGAUGACCAGCUUUGCAGAGAGAAAGCUGCUUAAACUUGGCCUUCGUGAUGGAUGCUCAAGUACGAGCAGCUCCCAAAAGACUACGCCGGAUGGUUCAGAGGUUCCCCCUCAGUGGCAUGCGAAGGAGACUAGCACCAUGUUGGGGAAGAAUGUAACGGCUGGUCCGGUUGUGCCUUCACAGCUGCUACAGCUUCACAUGCAGCUGGAAGAGCAGAGGCGUGCAAUAGAAUAUCAGAAGAAGAAGAUGGAAGCCCUGAAUGCUAAGCAGAGACUGAAGCUUGGGAAAGCUGCAUUUUUGAACAUUGUUAAAAUGGGUGGAGGGAAGAGCGACACACUUCCUUUACCUGUGAAACACUCCCUUGACUCUUCUGGAUCAACAGCUGCAGAGAGGAGGAAAGCAAAGACCCAAGCUUGUAAAGACGAUUCCUGUCUCGAUUCCCUGAAAAGUCAAACAGACGGGUGGACAAUGACCAGAGACAACAGCUGGAACACCCUUACCCAGGAUAAUAGCGCUGGACCGGAUUUCAACGAAUGUUCAAACUCCUUAGACCUGCUCAAUCAAGCUAUUAGCUCCAUCCAGCAACAGAUGAUGCAGCUUUCCCUUCAGCAAGAUUUUCUAAUGAAGCAAAGUGUUGCCUCACCACCAGACCAUGCACAAACGGAGAAAAGCACAGACUCUGGGAUCGACCCCACCACACCCCAAACAGUAUCCUCUACCUCAGACUCAAGAUCCUUUGCAGUUCACUUUGUAGAUAUCGGCGGCAGCAGUUCGGUGCCUUUUCGCCGUCCCCCCAAACUCAGCUCCAGCCAGCGCAGCAAAGCGGCAGAACGCAAACAAAAUAAAGCAAAUAAGAAGUCUGCCCUAACCAAGUCCACCGACCCAAUCCCAGGGAGUAACACUCCUUCGAGAGGAUGUAACGAUGGAGAACUGGAGACAGCUGGAGUUCAGAGGAACUCUACCUUCAGAGUCCAUGAAAGCAACGGGGACAGAGAUGUGCAGUUGUCAGACAAACUGAAAUCGCAAGACUCGACAGUUGUUACCAAGACGUCUGAAUCUGCAUCACAGGAUGCAGGGCAAGAGGAGGAACUAACCACCAACUGCAACAAACAGAACGUCGACGUCGAUGAGAGCGGCAGGGUCAAGAGUCAGCUGAUCGAGGUCGACCUGUCAGAGCUCAAGGAUCCAGUGGAGGACGGUGGUGCAGAUAUCACAGACAGCACAGCAGAAGGAGAGCAGAAAGGAGGGCUGGGCUUCUUUUUUAAGGAUGAUGAGAAGGCAGAGGAUGAAAUGGCAAAACGCCGCGCUGCCUUCCUCCUCAAACAGCAGCGCAAAGCUGAGGAGGCGAGACUCCGGAAACAGCAGCAAGAAGCAGAGAGCGAGAUCAAACGUGACGAAGCCCGGCGUAAGGCGGAGGAGGACCGCAUUCGUAAGGAGGAGGAGAAGGCCCGUCGAGAGCUUAUUAAACAGGAGUAUCUGCGGCGGAAGCAGGAAGCCCUUAUGGAAGAGCAGGGUCUGGUCAAGCCCCGCACCAAGACCAAACCCCGCGGGAACAGACCCAAAUCAAUGCACCGGGGAUAUUCCAGCAGCCUCCCCAAAGGAUCCACCACACGUGAUUCUCUGAAGGUCUCUAUGUUAAUGAAAAACCAGAGUUCAGGAGCAGCCAGCAGGGGAGCUGACUUAAGCUUCAGUCAUCGUGGAUCAACACUUUCCCUAGCAACGGAUGCAGACAGCGUCAUCUCUGGCGGGGCAGACUCAAACAGGGCUGCAUCUGUGUGCUCUGUGGAUUCGUUCCCCAUGUUGAGCAGAGCUUCCAGCAGGAACAUGGAUCGGGACUGGGAGAACGUCUCCAUAGCCUCAUCCGUCACUUCAGUGGAGUACAACGGUCCUAAACUCUUCAAGGAGCCUAGCUCAAAAUCCAAUAAGCCAAUCAUCAUCAAUGCCAUCGCCCACUGCUGCCUGGCUGGAAAAGUUAACGAGGUCCAGAAAAAUGUCACCCUUGAGGAGUUGGAAAAGUGUGAAUCCAACCACCUGUUCAUCCUCUUCCGCGACGGCGGGUGUCAGUUCCGCGCCAUUUACACGUACUCACCAGACACCGAGGUGAUUGUCAAGUACACGGGCAUUGGGCCGCGCGCCAUCACUCAAAAGAUGAUCGACAAGCUGUACAAGUACAACUCAGACCGCAAGCAGUUCACCGUGAUCCCCGCCAAGACCGUGUCCGUUAGCGUGGACGCUCUGACCAUCCAAAAUCACCUGUGGCAGAUCAGGAGACCAGGGAGCGCUCGCAGAAAAUGAGCGGGACUUGCACACUUUACCGUCUGUGUUUAAUAAGCUACAGUUGGGCAGGACCCAAACAUCUUGGAGAAGACUGACGAGAUUUAGAGAGAGAGAGAGCUAGAUGGUCUGUGGCAGUGUGAGUACCAACUCACCUACUCGCGGUCUUCAUUUUAUUACCCGGUUCUUAUGCAUGUCACACACUUUGAUAAUUUAAUUUCAUCAUAACCCGAAGUCACCAAGUCUUAUCCCGCUGAAUCUCCUUCCAGAAGUAAACAUGCCACCGACACAAAGUGCAGCUUACGGCAGGCUGUGAUGAACCGAGGCAAGUCGUCAAAGUUUGCUGGCUCAGCUUCGCAUUAAAAAAAAAGCAAAAUAAAAAAAAUCUACUGAGAUUC